AUGAAUUCGCCUUCAUCAAGGAUAAAGAGAGCAAGGAGUUCUUCCUUAAUUGUCCAUAAGGAGCCUAGCCAGACUCCUCAGAAUAAUGAUGUGAAGUCAAUUGUGUUUAACGAACAAGAGGAUAGCAAGUCAACUGCUCAAAUCGAGAAUGAAAACUUCUCGAAACAUGUUAUCAAUACCAUUUCAAGGAUGAAAAAUAAUAGUGGAAUAAUCAAGGGCAUGGAUUUUGGAUCGCCUAAGAAAUAGGACUAAUCUGUUCAGUAUCGUCAAGAGUGGCUUCCAUAUGAGCAACAAGAGCAAGAUUAGGAAUUUUGGGGAGCUAUCUCCAAGCGAAAGCUUGGAAAAUUCUGCCAAUGAUUCUACAGUUCUUAAGAUCCCUGAUGAUACAAAGACUCUUGUCACUGCAAAUGAAAAGAUGGAUAGCUCUAAGAUAGAAAGAGUAUAUCCUCUUUCUAAUCUAUUGAACAACCGUGUAAUGACUGCGAAAGAAGUUAUCCCAAAGAAAUACUUUGAACAGGCUAGUACUAAAUUCAAAUCCCCUCAUGAGAUCCAUCAGAGGUACUUAAAAUGGCUGAAAAUCAAGAAUGAUAAAGAGACAUGGCAUAUUAACAAAUCUGCUUAUAACGUAAAAACCAAUCGGCUUAAGAACAUGCAAGAAAUUGAGAAAAAGCGAGAGCAAGAAGAGCAGAUCCGUGAGGAAGAAGACCCUAGAUACAGAGUAGAGAAGCUUAUUAACAAGCGAGAGCAUAUCGCGAAACAAGCUAUCAAGGAAGACAAAAAAGUUAAGAAGAAGGAUCGGAUUAAGAUGAACUUCAUCACAGAGAUCAGGAAAGUUGAUGUUGGAGGUUUCCUUGAAAAUGAUAAAAUUUCUAAAUCCAAAGAUAAUUUAGUUAAGAUGAGAGCAAUUCAAGACCAUCUGGAGGCCCAGAGACAUAAGAAGAACAAUUAUAUUAGUAAUAGAGAGAAGAAAAUCAUCAUGCGCACCAGGUCUAAGAGUAGGAAUAUCCCUCUGUAUCUUAACACUGAAAAUAAAGAAAUGAACAUUGAGCUAGCUGUCCAGGUUGAUAAUUCAAAAAUUAGGAAACUGCAAGGCAGCACAAUGAUCAUCAGAGGGGACCUUAUCACCCCCAAAGGAAGCUCAACCCUCCUUUUCAACACAAAACCCCAAAACCACCUCCAUAACCCCCCUCAAAAUCCCCCAAGACCCAAAACCUCGCACACCCAACACCCCCCAAGAAGACCUCGCCCAUUCACCUCCCACGGUCCCACCCCCCACUCCCCACCCCCUCGCCCAAAGACUUCUCAACCCCCCUUCCCCACCCAAAGACUCUUCAGAACAACUUCUUCUACAUAAAAAUGUUACGAUUGAAAACUAGUGCCCAGUCUCCAAAAGCAAGAUUGGCUCCAACUGAGAGCUUUAAAGACCAGGAUGGUACUUCAAAGUUGAAUUCACAGAAGGAUCUUUUGAAUCAUAAGAUUUUGAGAAUGAUCAAAAACAUGAGUCCUGAAGAGAUCAAGGAAUUUUGUAAUUCUAUUGGUGUUAAAGAUCUUUGAGAGUAUCUAGAGCCAAUUAGUAUAAACAAAUCAGAAAUCAAAAAGAAGGAAACAAAGAGUAAAUCAAAAUACCAAAAAAAAGUCAUAGAAAAAUUUCUGAAAAUCAACAAAGAAACUUUCUAUUUCCAUUUUUAAC